CUCUCUCUAUCUGUUUCUCUGCCCUUUCCCUCCUUCCUUCCUUCCUUCUGUCGCCAUUGUUGACCAUUUGACCUCUCCUCCCAGUUUUCGCUGGCUUAACAACUUCUUCUUCUUCUUCUUCUUCUUCUUCGAACCAAAGGCUGCUUCCUCCAGGACUGAGAGCGUGAUCCGCUUCGUGCUUCGCGCAUUCCGCUCCGACCGCCGCAAGCAAUCUGUGUUCUGCUCGCUUUCUUCAUUUCGAGUGCCGCGCCGUUCCUCUCAAUUCGCGACCGGACAGUUCUUUCUGCUCAACCUCGAGCUCUAAGGACCGAAUCGCUGUUACUGUCAAACUGGAGACUCAUUCAAACCGGAAGAGGAAUUGGACAUAGAUAUCUCUUUGACAUUUCUUCCGCCAAAUAUAUCUUGUUGGUUUAUCUUGUGAGAUCACAAGUGGGAAUGAAAGGGAAGUGCGACGGUGCCGGCUUGUAUUUCGUGCUGAACACGGGGGCCAAAAUCCCGGCUAUUGGGCUCGGGACAUGGCAGAGCGGUGGCGACCUCUGUGUCCAGGCUGUUAAGGUGGCCCUCUCUGUUGGGUAUCGCCACAUUGACUGUGCCCAUCUCUACGGGAACGAGAUUGAGGUUGGGGAAGCCCUAGCUGAGGCAUUUAAGCUAGGCUCACUUAAAAGGGAAGGCCUGUUCCUCACCUCUAAGCUCUAUUGUAACAUGAACUCUACCAAUAAGAUCGAUAAUUCUGUCAGAGUGUCGCUCAAGAAUCUAGGGGUUCAGUACUUGGAUCUGUAUCUCAUGCAUUGGCCUGAGAGCACUGGGUUUGGUGAUGCAAGUGACCCACCUUUGAAAUUGGGAAGCGAGUAUAAGCAGUUCCUGAGUAAAUUGAAGAAGGCAUGGAAAGCCAUGGAGGGGUUGGUCGAGUCGGGUCUGGUUCGAUCCAUUGGAGUCAGCAAUUUCAGCAUUCAACAGAUUAAGGAGCUCCUAAAGUUCGCAAAGAUUGUUCCUGCUGUUAAUCAGGUGGAAUUGCACCCUUUCUGGCGGCAAGAUGAACUUGUAAAGUUCUGUCAGACAAAAGGUAUCCAUGUGUCUGCUCACACACCUCUAGGUGUACCUAGUUCAAGUCCGGUACAAUCAGAUAGUGGAUCAGGUGGGGAAGAUGAACCUGGAACUCCACGUAUAUCAUUUCGAAGGUCUCGAUCAGUUCAUGGGCCAAUGCUGAAGCUGUCAGUUGUUUCAGAGAUUGCGAACAGACACAGAAAGACUCCAGAACAGGUUAUCUUGCGUUGGGGACUGCAAAGGGGGACAAGUGUCCUACCCUGUAGCCUGAACCCGGAUCGUAUAAGGAAAAACAUUGACAUCUUCAGCUGGUCGCUGUCCGAGGAAGAGCUGAACCGCUUGAAUCAGAUAGAGCCUCAGGUGUGUUUGUUCGGAAACGGCCCAAUAAGCAACCAACUAGACAGCAAUUUCAUGCUCGGAGGAGGGCCUCUCCAAGCUGUGCACGAGAUGGAGGAUGAUGUAGAGUCGAAUAUCUAAACACUGGUGGCGCUUCUCCAUACAUAAGAUGGUGACGUUCAGCUAUUAGUCGUUUUCUGAUCAAUCAACAAUGUUGAUAUCUGUGGAUGGUGCUGAAAUACAUGUCAAUAGGGUGGUGUUGAAAUUUUGUAUCUGUUGGGGGUUACGCUCUCUCAAUGUAUCCAGUUCAGCUAUGGUGAAUAGUUUCAUUUUCCGGGUUCGUUCUUAUGACGAUUUUUAACUUCUCUCCUACAUAAGUUUCCGGUCGGACCACAUAUUUAUGAAGUGAAACAUAGUCGACUUUGUUGUUGGCGUAGAAGUAGGUUUGCAGCAACAAAGGAAUAAGAUUGAAGGAGAAAACAGGUGUUGGAGAUU